AUGAAUUUGCUUGAUUUACCCGAUGAAAUUCUUCUUUGCAUAUUACAUAAAAUGAAUGUUGUUGAUGCAUUAUUUAGUCAAAGUGGUCUUCAUCAUCGGCUUGAUCAACUAUUAUUCGAUCCUAUCUAUGUUCGUGAACUAGAUUUUACAAUAAAAUCAUGGGAUGAUUCAAUUUCUCCAACAAAACUAUCGAAAUUAAAAUAUUUCUCAUUAACUAAUUAUGUUGGCACAUAUUUCUACAAUGAUCUUGUUGUGCCACUUAUACAACGAAUGGCUUAUUUAGAAGAACUUAGUUUAUUUCUGACUGUUUCAAAAAGAGAUACAUAUGACGUUGUCGAUGGAAAUAAUCUUUAUCAUGAUAUUCUAAUUCAUCUAUCUCAAUUGAAGAUAUUUCAAUUUAAUAUUUAUACUUAUCUUUUCAAUACAAAUGUAUCCAUCAAUGAUUUUCCUUCCAACGAUGAUAUUCAACGUAGUUUUAAUUCCAAUAGAUUCGGACAAAUCGGAUCAUAUGUUCAGCAUACUUCAGAAAAAAGUAGAUAUGGUUGUCAUGUCUGUUCACUUCCAUUUAAAUUUAAAACUUUCAUCAGAUUGAGCACUUCAUUUUCAGCAGGAAUAUUCUAUCAUGUUCGAAUGUUAGUUGCUAAUGAUUAUGUACCAUGGGAAUAUUAUUUCUUCAAGAAAGUUGCUGAAAGUUUUCCUUCUCUUGAAGUAUUAAUGAUUAGCAAUUCUCAUCCACAGAAAAAUAAAUCACAAUUGAAUAAUAAUAAUAAUAAUACAGAAAACUUGCAAAUGGUUACAUUUCUUCGAUUAUUGGAUCCUCGGGUGACAUUAGCACAUAUUGAUUAUAUUGAACAAUUGUUAUUCAAUCGAUAUACACAUCUACCUCGUCUUUGUCAACUUGAAAUUGACUAUGAACAACUAAUUACAUUGACGAAUAAUUUUACAAAUGAUCAAACACAACUUAAUUGUUUACAAGUACAACGUCUGAUCAUCAAUGAAUCUUUUGUUCCUCCACACAAUUUUUUUUUGUUUUUUCCUCUAUUAUAA